GACGAUUAUAUGUGCAAUGGCCUUUAAAAACAACACAACUGAUUCGUUAUCAACUUGUAUAUCCUUAUCCUGCUAAAAAAAUUGAUUUUAAAAAAUCAAAAAUCGCUCCUUAUGCUCCUCCUGAAAAGCAACCAUUGUAGUUCACUUUAGUUUUGUAGUUAUGUCAUUUUUACUGACUCUCGGGCGCUCCUCCUGCCCAUAAUUCAGUUUUGAAGUAUAAGAGUUUUCUAACCUCUGCUGAAGAUGAAAAGAGUUGCCAGUGUGGAGACAAAUAUCUCUCAUGAGGAUAAGCUUAGAAAGUCUCUACAAGAACUGCAGCCACCUGUUGCAGCUGCUGAUAAAGAGAUUUUAUUUAGUGGCGAUAUAAUUAAACUACCUCAACAAUCAGAUGAUGGAAAACUAAGAAGAGAUGUAGAAAAAACAAAACAUGUUCAAAACACAAAAAGUACUUCCAAACUUUCAAAUAAAAUGGCGAAAGAUCAAGCUAUACAGACUGAAAAAAAAGAAAAAGAAAUCAUGCCGGAAGAUUUAACAACCACAGAGCGUAGCGAAUAUUACUGGGAAUUAUUAGCUGAGAGGAAACGAAAAGCACUCAUAGAUACAUUAGAAGAAAACAAAGAACUUGAUGAAAAACUAAAGAAGAGCGAAGAACAUGGGAGAAAGUUGGAAGAAGAAAUAGAUUUGUUUAAAGAAAUGGUGGAGAAUACAAAAGCACUUGUUACAGAGCUAGCGGACAAGCUUGACAGAGGAGACCACAUGAAUGAUACAAGUGAUAUAAAUAAUUCACUAGAAGACAGUGUUCUUUGAAGUGUAAAGAAACAGAGUUAAAUUUGUAAUAGAUAUAUAUUUUGCAUAUUUUUCCAAAUUAGAUUAAUUUUAUAU